AUGACAGAUGAAUCUCAAGAUGCAACCUUCACAUCGUUCUGGCAUCGCUCGGUUGAUAAACUAGCAUCUAAGAAGGUCAAAUUUAUGCCCAAUGUCACGAAGCCAAAGACUUCCAAGGACAAAGAUAGCGAAACAACAUCUGCAGCAUCUCAAAAACAGCAUAGACGAGCUCAAGUCCGAAGAGCACAAAUAGAACAUCGACAGCGAAAAGAGAACUACGCCAAGCAUCUUGAAGAGGAUGCAAUACGUCUUCGCGAGAUGAUUGCCACAACAGAGAACGAAACUUCGGCCUUGAUGAAAGAAAACGGAGCGAUGAAAUCAACUUUAUUGGCUUCAGGUGUGAAGAACUUUUCGAUCUUGCGAUCGCAAAAUCACAAGUUACCUGGAAAUCAGCCUACCAUUUAUCUACCUCCACAGGAUCAUGAUUCGUUCAGUAGUCUUACCAUCUCUGAAUCUAUGCAAAGAAAGAGAGUCACCAUCGCACCUAUCGACUUUGAGACAGAGAAUGAUAGACUUUCCAGUUAUAUUAGUGACAUGCUUACUCAGGACAUUAAUCCUUCAACAAACUAUUUUUCCAACGGCCAAGAUGUAAUCUUACCAUACAAUUCAAGUAUUUCAACAGGCUCGCAUGCCAGUAUUCAAUUCGACGAAUUUAUAAAUGCAUCUUGUCUUCAUCUCAGCGACUCGUCGAGUAGUUCUUUCAGAGGGUCGGGGACGAUGGAUUUAUCGAAGCCAUUACCACCACUUCCCGGUCACGUUCCCACGCCUCAAAUUACGGUUUCGACACCAACGCCUGACCUAUCGAUCAUCGCAAUAAAUUUCAUUCUUGCCCUCGAACACCCUUGCCGUACUCAUUUCCAUCAUGUUCCAAAUCCCGCUCCCCCUUUUGACCCUACCGGCAACCCUUCCGGUCACGAGCUCAUGGCGUCAACUCAUAUAUUCUCUCACGCACCACUUGAAGCGUUUGACGAUCUUACAUCUGAGUCGUCAUGGCUUUCUUCAUACAUUUCUUUAGCUCAACUAUACGCCAUGUCUCAAUCGCUACCUACUUCAGAUUUUGAGAUUACUCCUGUUCAGGCAUGGUUCAUGAUAGCGGAGAAAUAUCAUCAUGAAAUCGACAAAGUGGUAGGUGAAAGAAGAAUAGAGUAUCUGAAGAGAGGCUUGGGGAGCCUGUCACGAUGUUAUCAGUUUGGAGCUGUGGUGGAUGUUGAGAGCUUCUGGGAGAUUGUCGAUGAGGUGAUGGCUCAGGAUGGGAGUUAG